UGGCCCUUCGGCCCGGGCUCGUCGCCCUCCGGCUGCUGCCUGGUCGAGCUCCUCCCGCAGGUGAUGGAGAAGUACCAGGUGCUGGGCCUCAUCGGGGAGGGCAGCUACGGGGUGGUGAGCAGGUGCAGGAACAAGGAGAGCGGGCAGGUGGUGGCUGUCAAAAAGUUCCUGGAGAGCGAGGACAACGCGGCAGUGAGGAAGAUCGCCGUGCGGGAGAUCAAGCUGCUGAAGCAACUCAGGCAUGAGAAUCUUGUGAGCCUGCUGGAAGUGUAUAAAAAGAAGAAACGGUGGUAUCUGGUGUUUGAAUUUGUGGAUCACACGGUGCUUGAUGAUCUUGAGGCAUUUCCAAAUGGACUAGACUACAGCAGAGUUCGGAAAUACUUAUUUCAAAUUUUGAGAGGAAUAGCAUUUUGUCACAGCCACAACAUAAUACAUCGGGAUAUUAAGCCAGAGAACAUACUGGUCUCCCAGUCAGGAGUGAUAAAACUCUGUGAUUUUGGUUUUGCUCGUACAUUGGCAGCUUCUGGGGAAGCUUAUACAGACUAUGUGGCAACUCGAUGGUACAGAGCUCCAGAGCUGCUGGUGGGAGACACGAAAUAUGGCAGGGCUGUGGAUGUGUGGGCUAUUGGCUGUCUGGUAAUAGAAAUGCUCACAGGAGAGCCCCUGUUCCCUGGAGAUUCAGACAUUGACCAGCUCUACCAUAUCACCAAGUGCCUGGGUAAUUUAAUUCCAAGACACCAAGAGUUAUUCUGUAAAAAUCCCCUUUUUGCUGGCAUGAGGUUGCCUGAAGUGAAAGAGGCUGAAUCUCUGGACAGACGAUAUCCUAAACUCUCUGCUUCAGUGCUAGAUUUAGCCAAGAAGUGUUUGCAGAUUGACCCAGACAAAAGACCAUCCUGUGCUGAACUCUUGCAGAGCGACUUCUUUAACAAGGAUGGAUUUGCUGAAAGAUUUGCUCAGGAGCUUAAAUUAAGGAUCCACAAAGAAGCCAAGGACCAUCAAUUAAAAAAAAAAUCAAAAAUCAGCCGAGGAGAUAAAGAUGAUGCUGUAGAAGAAAGAAAGAUGCUUGGUGUACAGGAUUUCAACGCUGACCCAAGGAGCAGAGAUGAAAAGAUGUUCAAAGUGAAGUGUUCUAAAGCUGAUGGAGAGAAAGCAGAGCGAUCUUCCGACCUGAGCUCCCUCUAUGACAGUGCAAUCAACCCAUUCAAAAUAUGCUCUCAAACCAACCUGAAAGAUUCCAGUAGCAACCCGGACUACAUCAAGAAUGCAGGCAUCAUUAUUCCUCCCAUUAACCAGAAUGUUUCUCCCACUGUGUCUGCGGUGGUGCCUGUGCCUAGGAACUGUAACUACAGAGUUCCUGAAAGGAGUAAGAAUUACUUGAAACCAUUUUUAAAGCAAAUGAAGCAUUCUCCAGCAGGCCAUUACAGUGUAAGCUUGACUUCGGUCUCUAAUGAAAAGAACAUCCUUCAGGGAAAUAGGAAAAAAAGGGAAUUCUCUAAGACAGAUGUGCAUUUGCCAGAACUAAAUCAUCUCCCUGAACUGAAAGGAGUGGAAGGAUGGCAUCCCAGAUAUCUCAAAAAGGAAAAUAAAACAGUUUCAGAGUCCCGGGUCCCCUCCCUUGCUGCUAUUGACCUUCACAACACAAGUCUGGCCUCACAACAGUGUACUGAAAAGCUUAAGGCAAGAGGACCUUUAGAAGCAGAGCUGUUUACCACCUACAGUAAGCCCGAAAGCACUGUGCUGACACAUUAUAAAGAACUUCCAGCUCAAAUAUGAAUCAUAUGACUUCCCCAGUCACAGCCAUCUUCAGCGGAAGUUUCACCUUCCUGAAGAUGCGUAAAAGAUGAUAUUUUAAUGCAGGUAACUUAAUUUACACAGCAUUACAAUACAAAGAUUUUAGCUACAUUCAAAGGGGAGAAAAGUAUACCAGAUAGAAAUGAUACAGUUUUGUUACAGAGAGCUUCUCUUCACCACAUGCUAUGUAUGAAGUCUUCACUGUUCUUUAGCAUUAGUUUCAGAAACCUGUUCUCACAUCAUCCCAGUUUUUCUCCUGCAAAUAACAGAGCACUACAAAAAACAAUGCAAGGAUUUAUUCUAUACAGGAUUGGUUAUCAUCCCAGAUUGUCCUAUCAU